UUGAUCUUCAACCUUGGCUCUGUGCAGUAAUCGUACAGUAACUUCGUUCCAUCCGUCGCCAACAAAUUUUCCUUUUUCCCUUCGUUUACCUUACACAAACGAUAUCUAAAACUUAACUUUAACCUGUCAAUCUCGUUCAGCUGCCAGCCUUGUCUCGCUGCUCUCUUAUUGGUCGUCAUGGACGCCGAGGUUCAUGACGUCGUUACAGUGAGAAGUGGAUCGAAGCCCAGAAGGCCACACAAGAAAGCAAAGACAGGGUGUCUCGAUUGCAGAAGACGGCGCGUCAAGUGCACCGAGGAGAGGCCUGAAUGCCGUGCUUGUCGUCGUCGUGGAGUUGAAUGCGAAUACCCUUCAUUUCAAGGGAUAGCAUUCCCAUCGCCGUCUACACAGCAUGGCGACGAAACCUCUCCCGAGUCAACUUCGUCGCAGCCGCUGAGGCAGAUUCAGACUCAGAGAAUUGCACCUGUUCCAAGUCUGGUCUCAAGUGCAUAUCAAUCAGUUCUUGGGGUGCAGCAACGCGACAGACUAUCCGUCACCUAUGGAAUGGAGGAUAUGGCUCUGCUUCACCAUUGGACAGUCUCGACUAGUCUUGAUGUCUAUAAGAACUCGGCUUUAUCGGCUAUCUGCCAGGUCACAUUCCCCAAGAUCGCAUUUAAACAUCCAUUCGUGAUGCAAGCUCUCCUUGGUCUGGCUGCACUGCACAUCGCAUAUCUAGAGCCUCAAGAGAGGCUGAGAUACACGGCAGAAGCAGCCAGCUACCAUAGUCAAGGUCUGCAGGGCUUCAAUGAGGCUAUUCCACAGUCGAAUGAGGAGAUGGCUGAUGCAUUAUUCGUCUGGUCAUCUCUCAACCUUCUGUACGUAUUUGCGGCGUCAGGUCGCCUGGGCGAAGGCCUUUGGGAUGAAUCGAGUUGGGGCGGCCGCAAAGAUCGCAUCUUGGGGUCGGGGUGGGUUCCCAUGCUUCGAGGUGUCCAGACCGUACUAACACCGUAUUUCUAUCCCCUGGCGGACGGUCAGUUGAAAGAAGCCCUAAGUCUAGGGAAUUGGGACGAUAUCGAUCCAGAUCUGAUAGAUGAUGUGGACGACGAACGUUUCUGUCAGACGAGGGAAGUCUGGAAGGACAAUCCUGAUGCAUCGACGUACGAAGAGACUUUACAAGUCCUUAGAAGAAUUAGGAUGUUCAUGGCCCAGUUCUCAGCCAUGGAAGCAGAAACUCCUGGGGAUUCGUUAUUCAACAGGGCCUGGCAGGGGGCUUUUCUCUUUGUCCCCUUCGCACCUGAGGAAUACUUUACGCUGCUGCGUCAGAGACAACCGCCGGCCCUUGUUUUAUAUGCUUAUUACGGUGCUUUGCUGCACUCAGUCAAUGAUUCCUGGUUCAUGGAAGGAUGGGGAUAUGACAUUGUGGGGGUAGUGAAUGAUUUGCUUGGCUCUUAUUGGGAACAUUGGAUAUCAUGGCCACUUGCAGUGGUUGGUUUGCGAGCAGGGAAUAUGUAGAAUAAUUGAGUCUCUAGUGUGCAUAUUCCUCAAGUAAUGAAUGAUUCG